AUGGCGGCCACUCGAGCCCCUCUGUCCUCAUACCAAAACCCUAGCUCCACACCCACACUGAAAUCUCCUCCCAAACCCUCUUAUGUCGCUUUUGAAAUAAAAGCCUCGACCUUGAGGAAGAAGAAGAAGCAGAACGUCAUUAGGUGCGAGAUCAAGAGCUUCGAGAAUCCGCACAAUUGGACCAUCGAGCCGGAUACGCCUAUUCGCGUCUUUCACAACCAUCCAGAAGCUCAGGUGGCAAUGGCUUCCGGAUCGGCAGUGAAGAAGGUCUGCCUCUUCUACUGCGCCGAGACCAAGUCGCUCGCUCAGAAAGUCGCGGCUCAAUCUGACGCCAUUGAGCUCCGUAGCAUCAGUUGGAGGAAAUUUGAUGAUGGGUUUCCCAACAUAUUCAUACCCAAUGCUCAUGGCAUUCGAGGACACCAUGUGGCCUUUCUGGCCUCGUUUAGUUCCCCAUCAGUGAUUUUUGAGCAGCUCUCUGUGAUCUAUGCAUUGCCCAAGUUGUUCAUCUCCUCAUUCACGCUUGUCCUUCCCUUUUUUCCCACGGGGACUUCUGAGCGUAUGGAGGAUGAGGGAGAUGUUGCCACUGCUUUCACACUUGCCAGGGCCUUGUCAAAUAUACCCAUUUCAAUGGGAGGGCCCACUAGUUUAGUCAUCUAUGACAUCCAUGCCUUGCAGGAGAGAUUUUACUUUGGGGAUAAUAUCUUACCAUGCUUUGAAAGUGGGAUCCCUUUGCUCAAAAGUAGGCUGCAACAGCUCCCUGAUUCUGACAAUAUAUCCAUUGCUUUUCCUGAUGAUGGUGCAUGGAAACGAUUUCAUAAGCAGCUACAGCAUUUCCCAACGAUUGUCUGUGCUAAAGUUCGGGAAGGUGACCAACGAAUUGUACGUAUUAAGGAGGGAGACGCAAGAGGACGGCAUGUUGUGAUUGUUGAUGAUUUGGUUCAAUCUGGUGGCACCUUGAUCGAAUGCCAGAAAGUUUUAGCCGCCCAUGGAGCUGCGAAAAUCAGUGCUUAUGUAACGCAUGGGAUUUUUCCUAAUAGAUCAUGGGAACGCUUUCAAAGAGAUAAUGGAGGGAAACCUGAGCAUGGGCUGACCUACUUCUGGAUUACAGACUCAUGUCCACUGACAGUGAAAGAUGUGAUGCACAAUCCACCGUUUGAAGUUCUCAGCCUUGCUGGUUCUAUAGCGGCUACUCUUCAAAUAUAA